GCCGGCGCGGCACGCUCCGGGGCUCCGGGGAGCGUUAUGUAACCGCGUUUGCGCUGGAGCGUCUGCACAUGGCGAGGGAGAAGCGCGCCGCCGCUCGCCUCCCGCCCUGGGCGGACCCCGACCUCGACUCUUCCCCUGUGGUGUUCUGCGACGCGGCGGAGAGCUUCCAGGGCCUGUCCCUGCGGCGCGCUGCGGCCGCUCCGAGCCCGUCCUGCGCGGUUCUGUGCUCCGCUUGGCCCUGGGCCUGGCCGGGUGGAAGUAUGCGGCACUUAAUAGCUCAAGUGACUAGUGGUCUCCUGCAGUUCCCCGAAGUGACUAUUCAAGCCCUUGGAGAAGACGAAAUAACAUUAGAUUCUGUGCUUCGUGGGAAGUUUGCUGCAGGAAAAAAUGGACUUGCUUGCUUGGCUUGUGGUCCACAACUUGAGGUGGUAAACUCUGUAACAGGAGAGCGGUUGUCUGCGUAUAGAUUCAGUGGAGUAAAUGACCAGCCUCCUAUAAUUCUAGCAGUGAAAGAAUUCUCUUGGCAGAAGAGAACUGGAUUGUUAAUAGGAUUGGAAGAAGCAGAAGGAAGUGUCCUCUGUCUUUAUGACCUUGGUAUAUCAAGGGUGGUUAAAGCAGUUGUUCUUCCUGGAAGGGUAACAGCUAUUGAACCUAUAAUUAAUCAUGGAGGAGCAAGUGCAAGCACUCAGCAUUUACACCCGAGUCUGCGAUGGCUCUUUGGUGUGGCAGCUGUGGUAACUGAUGUUGGACAGAUCCUUCUUAUUGACCUAUGUUUGGAUGACUUGUCGUGUAGUCAGAAUGAAGUAGAAGCAUCAGAUCUUGAAGUUAUAACUGGUAUCCCAGCUGAAGUACCACACAUCAGAGAAAGUGUGAUGAGAGAAGGACGCCAUCUGUGUUUCCAGUUAGUAAGUCCAUCAGGAACAGCUGUUUCAACUCUUAGUUAUAUAAACAGGACAAAUCAGCUUGCUGUAGGUUUUUCUGAUGGCUAUCUAGCACUUUGGAACAUGAAAAGCAUGAAAAGAGAAUAUUACACACAAUUGGAAGGUGGAAGAGUUCCUAUAUAUGCUGUUACUUUUCAAGAACCUGAGAAUGAUCCUCGUAAUUGCUGUUAUUUGUGGGCUGUUCAGUCUACACAAGAUACUGAAGGGGAUGUUUUGAGUUUGCAUCUGCUUCAGCUGGCCUUUGGUGAUAGAAAGUGUUUGGCAUCAGGACAAAUCUUAUAUGAGGGUUUAGAAUACUGUGAAGAAAGAUACACACUGGACCUGACAGAUGGCAUGUUUCCUUUGAGGGGACAGACCAGUAAUACCAAAUUGUUGGGAUGCCAGAGUAUAGAGAAAUUUCGAUCUCAUGGUGACAGGGAGGAAGGCAUGAAUGAAGCUCUAUCUCCUGAUACUAGUGUUUCAGUCUUUACCUGGCAAGUGAAUAUAUAUGGACAGGGAAAGCCUUCUAUAUAUUUGGGACUUUUUGACAUAAAUCGUUGGUAUCAUGCACAAAUGCCAGAUUCAUUAAGAUCUGGAGAAUAUCUACAUAAUUGCUCUUAUUUUGCUUUGUGGUCACUGGAUUCCGUUGUAAAUAGGACUUCUCCACAUUACAUCUUGGAUAUAUUAAUACAUGAGAGAAGUUUAAGUCGAGGAGUUCCUCCUUCAUAUCCACCUCCUGAGCAGUAUUUUAACCCAAGCACUUAUAAUUUUGAUGCCACUUGUUUGUUAAACUCAGGAGUUGUUCAUGUAACUUGUACUGGCUUUCAGAAGGAGACUUUGACUUUUUUAAAGAAAUCAGGGCCAUCUCUCAAUGAAGUCAUUCCUGAUGGUUAUAAUCGAUGUCUCAUAGCUGGCCUUCUCUCACCAAGACUUAUUGAUAUUCAGCCUUCCAGUUUAAGUCAAGAAGAACAGUUAGAAGCUAUAUUGUCAGCAGCAAUUCAGACAAGUUCCUUGGGACUUUUGACCGGUUGUAUCAAAAGGUGGAUAACAGAAGAACAACCAAAUUCUGCUGCUAAUUUGCGCUUUGUUCUUGAAUGGACAUGGAAUAAAGUGGUUCUAACAAAAGAGGAAUUUGACAGACUAUGUACACCAUUAUUUGAUGGUUCAUGUCGUUUCAUUGAUCCACAAACUAUACAGUCUAUCCAGCAGUGCUAUUUGCUUCUUAGCAACCUAAAUACAGUCUUAAGCUGUUUUACAUCAGAAGCCCAAGAGAUAACUGAGAGAGGACUGAUGGACUUAAGCAAUAAGUAUACCGUUACCCAGCUCAUCUGUCAAUAUGCACAAGUGGUUCUUUGGUUCUCUCAUUCUGGACUUUUACCAGAAGGCUUAGAUGAUGCUGUGCAGUUGUCAAGGUUAUGCUACAGCUAUCCUGUAAUUCAGAACUACUAUACCAGUCGUCGACAGAAGUGUGAGCGUAUGUCAAGAGGGAAGUGGAACCCUGAUUGCUUGAUGAUUGAUGGAAUGGUUUCUCUGUUAGGAGAUCGAGUUGAGAAGUUGUGGAAACGGGAUGAAGGAGGCACAGGAAAAUAUCCUCCUCCUAGUCUCCAUGCACUACUUGACAUAUACCUGUUAGACAACAUCUCUGAAGCAAGCAAGCAUUCUAUUACUAUUUAUUUGCUACUUGAUAUUAUGUAUUCCUUUCCAAACAAAACAGAUUCUUCCAUUGAAUCUUUUCCAACCGCUUUUGCCAUUUCUUGGGGCCAGGUCAAACUUAUUCAAGGGUUUUGGCUGAUAGAUCAUAAUGACUAUGAGAGUGGUUUGGAUCUUCUGUGUCAUCCAGCUACUGCAAAACCUGUGUCAUGGCAACAUUCAAAGAUUAUUCAGGCCUUCAUGAGCCAGGGCGAGCACAGACAAGCCCUCAGAUAUAUUCAAACAAUGAAGCCAACAGUGUCCAGUAGUAGUGAUAUUAUCCUUCACCUCAGUGUUUUGCUUUUUAAUAGGUGCAUGAUUGAAGCUUGGAGUUUAUUGCGGCAACAUUCUAAUAGCUUGAAUCUAGAGGAGUUACUAAAGCACACAUAUGAAGUCUGUCAGGAAAUGGGCUUAAUGGAGGAUUUACUGAAGUUACCUUUUACAGACACUGAGCAGGAAUGUUUAGUGAAGUUUUUGCAGUCCAGUGCCAGUGUUCAGAAUCAUGAAUUCCUUUUAGUUCAUCAUUUGCAGCGGGCCAAUUAUGUCCCUGCCUUGAAGCUGAACCAAACUCUGAAGAUUAAUCUUAUGAAUGAUCGUGAUCCUCGUUUGCGGGAGAGAUCAGUGGCUCGAAAUUCUAUAUUAGACCAAUAUGGAAAAAUCCUUCCUAGAGUCCACCGAAAAUUAGCCAUUGAACGAGUUAAGCCUUAUCAUCUUAAAAUAUCAUCAGUUUUUCGAGAAGUUUCUAGACCCAAACCAUUAUCUGCAGUUCCAAAGCAAGCUGUAAGAGGAACUGUAUUAUCAAGAUCUGCUUUCAUCUAUAAUGUAUUAUCUAAAAUUGGAGAAGUUUGGGCAAACAAUGAGCCUAACAAUAGCAUCUCACUUUAUAAUAGUCCUAAAAUAGAAGAGCCAUCUCGUAUAAUAUAUUCACUCCCAGAUCCAGGACUACCUGAGGCAUUUUUUGGAACACCAGUUUCAAAAACAUCACAAAAAAUUUCUAGACUGCUGAAUUUGGUUGUUCAUCCUGUCCCUCAGCCUUCUCAGUGUUUCGGAUUUAUUCAGCAACUCCCCCCGACGAGAUCUCCUUUGUGUCUAGAAUCCAGUUCAUUGCCUAUAAGUUCACAAUUAAAAGGAUCACGUCAGAAUUCCUCCAGGACUUCAGAAUUACAUUUACUUGAAACUCCUCUUGUAGUUAAGAAAGCUAAAACUUUGGCUAUGUCAGUUACUUCUUCUGGAUUUGCUGAGUUCACACCUCAGUCUAUCCUAAGGUCUGGUCUUCGAACAACACCUUUAGCGUCACCCUCUUUAUCACCUGGAAGGUCUCUUACUCCUCCUUUACGACUUAAAGAAACUAGAAUUUCAUUCAUGGAAGAAGACAUGAACACAAAGUGGACUGCUGGGACUGCAGAAGAUAACAAAACAAAAGUAUUUGUUACUACACCUUUUCAAAAAUGUGAAGUUGCAAUAGAAACUGAAUGGCUGAAGAGCAAAGAUAAGACCACAUCUUUUUCCCUGAAUAGCCCUGAAAAGGACCAUCAAGAAAUGGAAGUGAGGUCACAGGAUACACCCUCACAAAGUUUGGACACACUGGACAUGAGCAAAGAAAACAGCAAUACUUCAGCCAGAUCAGAUGAAACUACUUUAGAGUAUCAGGAUGCACCAUCACCAGAAGACUUUGAAAAUAGUGUUUUCAUGGCCUCUAAGCCAACAAGCUCUUCCUCUGAACAAAUUAUGAAUUUAACUGAACAAACUGAAAAGGACAGUGAGAAAGAUAUGUUUGAGUCAAAAGUAACUCCUUCAAACCUGGAGAAACAAAUGGGCACUUUAGAAGAUGCAGAGACAAAGGAUCUCUUAGUGGCAAAGGAUGCAUUUUCAGAACUAAAUCACUUAAGCCCUAUUCAAGGACUUGAAGCUUCUGCUUGCGAACCAUCUACCCAUGAAGGGAAAAUUCUCACCCUAAAGUCCAAGGUACCAGUUUUGGAUGAAGGAUUAAUACCUGUUGAAACCUACACCUCUACAAUUAAAGCAGAUAACAAUAAAUCUAUGGCUGAUGUCCUUGGUGGUAGUGGAAGCUCUGGGCUCACUGUCUCUGAAGGUCCUGUUAUCUCUGAACAUAGGCUUGACCAGGAAAUAGCAUUGAACUUAAAAGAAGAUCAUGAAAUAGAAGUGGAUGUACUAAAAGAAAGUGUUGACUUACCAGAAGAAAAGGCUCCAAUUUCUGACAGUCCUCCUGAUACUCAAGAAAUUCAUGUGAUUGGAGUUGAAAAGCUUGAAGCUCAAGAUUCAGGAGAAGAGGCUAGGAAUCUUUCAUUUAAUGAGUUGUAUCCCUCAGGAACUCUUAAGCUUCAAUAUAAUCUUGAUGCUAUUGAGCAACAGUUUUGUGACUUGUCUGAAAAUAAAGACUCUGCUGAAUGUGACAUUGCUGAAGUAGAUGGGGAACUUUUUGUGGCUCAGAGCAACUUUACCUUGAUAUUGGAAGGUGAAGAAGGAGAAGUUGAGCCAGGUGAAUCUGCAUCAUCUGAUGUGUUACCUAAAGCAGUUAACACAGCAACUGAGGAAAAACUUGUGUCGAGUGGGGAAAAUGAUAAUCAUGGACAUGUUGCAAAUUUGCCAUCUAUUAUAACUAGUGACCAAGAGUCCCAAAAGGUAGAGACUUUACCAUAUGUGCCUGAACCAAUUAAAGUAGCAAUUGCGGAAAAUUUAUUAGAUGUAAUUAAAGACACAAGAAGUAAAGAGAUUACUUCAGAUACAAUGGAGCAGACCAUUCAUGAAAAUAUACCUUUAAUUAGCCAAAAGGUACUAAGUUCCACCAAGGUAGUCAAAUCUACACCUAAAACUGUUCAAGAAACAAGUACAGUGACUAUAAAUGUCAGUCAGGUGGAUGACAUGGUUUCUUCCAGAACUCGCACAAGAGGACAGCGUGUCCAAAAUCUGAAUAUCAAAUCUGCACAACAGGAAGAGUCAGCAGAUGUUGCUACUUCUAAGAUGCUGCAGCUAUCAGUUAUGAAGAAAACUAGGAAAACAAAAAUUUCUGAGGCUUCUGAGAGCACCUACUCUGAUGUUGAAGGACUAUCUCAGAACCAACAAAUACCUCCAAAUUCUAUUACUCCUAGAAGAGGAAGAAGAAAGAGAGAAAUUAAUCAAGAUACAUUAGAAAGUAUUAAUUCUGUGAAACAAGAAUUACAGAUCACUACAGGUAGGGAAUUAAGAAAGUUAAAAUCAUCUCAGCAGUUGGAACCAGCAACUGAAGAAACUUCUUUUACAAAAGAAGUUAACUUCUCGUCUGUUACAAAAAAGACUCCUAAAAGAAUUAAAAAAUCUGUAGAAAAUGAGGAAAGUAUUGAUAUUAUAAAUGAUCUAAAAGUUAGUAAAGUAGCAAGUCCUAGCAGAACCAUCAGAAAACUGAGAAGUGCUAAUUUAGAUGCUUCUGAAAAUAAAAGAUAUAAACAAGAUGGGAAACCCAGUGACCAGCAACUGCCUAUUCAACGCAGGAGUAGGGUCAGAAAGAGAGAGGUUAGUCCAUCAGAUGUGAUAGAAGACUGUAAAGUUGAUUCAUCCCAGUUAACUCUUCAACCAGAAUUUGAUACACCUACCAUGCCUAAGAAACGUGGUAGACCAAGGAAAAUAAAUCCAUCUGAAGAUGUAGAAGCUGAGGCUGUUAAGGGAGAGAGAAGUCCUAAGAAGAGAGACGCUCUCAGAAUCCAAAGGAGAUCUACAAGAAACACCCCAGCUAAAAAUGAGAAUAUUGAUGUCGGAAAACCAGCUUUAGAAAAAUCUGUUUUAGUGCCAAAUGAGGAGCUUGCUAUGGUGAGGAGUUCUAAGAAAAAGCUUACAAAACAGACUGAAAAUCAAAGCCAAAAACGUUCAUUAAACUCAGUAUCAGAAGAACGCGUAGGUGAAGUGACACCCAAAGGACCAAAUUACCAAGAAGAAAGUUUGCUUGCUGCAACUGCUUUUACUAAAUCAUCCCGUAACACAAGGACUAGAUCUAGCAAGGCCAUCAUGUUACCAGACCUUUCUGAACCAACAAAUGAGCCAUUGCUACUUUCUCCUCCUGUCUCAAAAGUUCCAAGGAAAGAAAAAGCUAAAAAAAUAGAGGCUCCUGCGCAGCUGAAAGAAUUUGUUACAGAUUCAUCUUCUCAGUUUGUCUCCUCGCCUCCUGCUUUGAGGACCAGGCAAAAAAACACAUCUAGUACGUCCAAGCUUGUGGAUGAACUGGAAGAUGAUUCUAAAUCAGUAGAAACUGUGGGAAAGCAAAAAGCAAAAAGAAUGAGGACUGCAAAAACAAAAGAAGCAAGCAGAAACAUAGAAAAAGAAAGUUCUUGGUCACCUCCUCCAAUAGAAAUUAAACUGAUUUCUCCCUUGGCAAGCCCAGUUGAUGCAGUAAAGAGCAAACCAAGAAAAACUGCAGAAGUAACUGGAAAGGCUCUUGGAAGGAACAGAAAGAAACUAUCUUCCUUUCCAAAGCAAGUUUUGCGCAGAAAAAUGCUGUAAUUUUUGUUUUGAAGUUUUUAAUGUACACCUAUUUGUAAAGUCAUCAGAAUAGUGUGGAUUAUUAAAACUCAUAGAAUUUGGAAGAAAAUAAUUUAUAUAAAUUAUUGUAAAUUUUUGUAAACAGGAGGUCUUCAAUAAGUAAAGUAACUCCAUAUGGAGUGUGAUUCUUUUAGUCCAGGCAGUUUUUUCUAUUUUAUAUUAAGACUUCAUACAUUUAUAUAAUAUGUAAAUAUGGCUUAUUAUUGCAAUGUUAAAUAAAAUGUAUACUUCACAGUAGUUUGUGUCUGUUAGAUUUUUGAAAGGGGAUUUCUGUCUUAAUAAUGAUUUUUAUAUGCUAGUAGGCAUUGAUCCCAUUUUCUUUCUCUCAAGUAGCCAUUUUAUAAUUUAUGCACUUUCAUUCUGUGAUUAAGAUUUCUAAUCAUAAAAUGUGUUUUUUUUUGUUUUGGGCUGUUGCUAUGUUGAAAUUAAAUUAUGGACAUGUAGUUCACAAAUUUGUGUAAUCUACCUCAAAUGAGUAAUUUUUCAAGUAAUGCAUUCGUUAACUAUAACGUUGGCAUUUCUUGUUCAGCAAUCCUAAAAGGUAUUUAUCUCUAAAGUCUCUUAAUUAUUAGAGACUAAUUAUCCAGGUUAGAUUGACCGGUUCACUGCUCACUAGCAACCUCAUAAAUGGGUUUGAGAAGGAAGGGAAAUGUAAAAUAAAUCUGUUUUAUGGAUAUUCAGCGCACCUUGUGUGUGCCUAAUAUUGAUAGGAUGAGAAGUCUGUACAAAUUUUAUUAUAACAUUGCUGUGAAAGAGCUUGCUACUGAAUCACAGAAAUACCUUAAUAUUCAGGUUUUACAACUGAGAAGUAAUCACAGGGCCUCAGGCACAGAUUAUUGAGGAUGGGGAGAGUGUGAGUAGAUGUGGCAAAAGAAAAAACAAAAACACCCUGUUCUCUGCAGUACAACUGCGCAAUUAAGUGAUGCUACUUGAUGUAGGCUGUAACAUUCAUCAAUAAAUAAGUGUUGUAAAAUAAUUUAUAACAGGUAAUUGAUAGUGUGUAAUGAAUGGACCCUCAAUAAUUGAUCAUCUAGAAACAAGCUGCUUUUGUUAGCUACGCUUUUAAUGUUUUAAUGUGAAGUAUAAGCAGUGUGCUUUUUCUGCAUAUUUUUCUACUAAAAUAACAAUAUGGAUAAUGAGAAAAUGAUGAAAAUGCCUAUGCCAAGUAUUGACAGUGUGAAAGUAGCAGUACGAGUGCGGCCUUUUAGUCAGGUUAGUGAUAAAUGUCACAUUGCCUUGUUAAAUUGGACUUUGAUUUUAUUAAUUUUUUAAUGAUAGUUAUCAAACUUGUAUUUAAGCUGCUUGUCAUUUAUGGAAUAUUAAACUUAUUUAUAUGAACUUGUUAAAUGAAUAAUUAAAAGCUCUAAACAUAAUUCAGUAAACAAUUUCAUUCCUUUGCGCAAGUAGCACAAUAAAAAAAUUGCCGAGAAA